AUGGUUGAUCCAUAACUUCCGGUUCCAUCCUGGCAGAUAUUGUGUUAAAUUUAUCUAUUUAUGCAACUAAAAGACUUAUAUAAAUGAAAUUAUUUUAAAUUGAAAAUAAUUGUUUAAAUCGUUUGAAUAACUUUACAAGGAUGUCAUUUCUCGUAGACUCGUGCAUAAUGUUUUUUUUGCAGGCACUGUUUUUUGGAGGUGGCUGGCUGUUCUUUCUAAAGAUAUUAUACAAGAAUUAUGAGGUACAUCAUGCUGGUGUGUUACUGGUAUUUUCUACAACAUUCUCCCUCUCUUGUACAAUGUUUGUUCUCAUCAUAUUUGAAAUCAUCGGGAUAAUGGACUCAAGUUCUCGUUAUUUUCACUGGAAGUUACAGUUGUUUGUCAUCCUGUUCUUACUAAUAGUUAUCCUGCCAGCAUAUAUUGCCUUCUUUGUGCUUAGUAACCUCAGACUAGUACCACCAAAGGGCCAUGUACGGGUCACACUAACUUUCGUCUCUUGGUGUGUUUUCCUAUAUUUCUUCUGGAAAAUUGGAGAUCCUUUCCCAAUCCUAAGUCCUAAACAUGGCAUACUUUCAAUAGAGCAGUGUAUAGGCCGUGUUGGUAUUAUAGGUGUAACAUUGAUGGCUAUACUGUCAGGUUUUGGUGCAGUCAACUAUCCUUACACAUCCAUGUUCUGCUUUAUCAGGCAUGUAACAGAUGCUGAGAUACAGGGUAUAGAGAAACGUCUGAUGCAGACCAUGGAUAUGAUCAUGAACAAAAAGAGAAGGAUAGCAUUAGCAAAGAGGGAGAAUCUUAGAUCAGCCAGUCAGAAUAUAGGUGGAGGAUUGUGGGGAAUGCUGAAAACAGUAACAGCUGGUGGUUCCUCUGAAAGUAUCCUUACACAUCUCAGUGUAAAGUUUUGGUCUCAACAAAUAUCAUUUAUCCUGAUAGGAAUUAUUAUAGUGACAUCUAUAAGAGGUCUGCUAAUUACAUUAACCAGAUUUUUCUAUGCAAUAGCAAGUAGCAAAUCUUCCAACAUUAUUGUACUCUGUUUAGCUCAGAUUAUGGGGAUGUAUUUUGUCUCUUCUGUUCUGUUAAUGAGGAUGAAUAUGCCACUAGAAUAUAGAACAAUUAUAACAGAAGUGUUGGGAGAAUUACAGUUCAAUUUUUAUCAUCGAUGGUUUGAUGUGAUAUUUCUCGUGAGUGCUUUAUCAAGUAUAGGAUUUCUGUACAUCGCACAUAAACAGGCUGACACUGAGAGUAUCAGCUAGUCAUACAUGGUGACUUGUUAUGACAAGACUUUGACACUUCUCUAGACAGUUACAUUGCUCUAAGCUUAACAUACCUAUAAACAUAACAGUGCCCCUAGCUGUAAGCUUUGUACUGCUUUGUCUUCAGACAUCUAAGCAAGUUAGUGCUAGAUUGGACGGUUCCUAUGUGAACUGUACUGGGGUGCUUAAUUUUUAGCUCACCUGUCACAAAGUGACAGGGUGAGCUUUUGUGAUCGCUUUUCGUCCGGCGUCCGUCCGUCCGUUGUCCGUCCGUAAACUUUUACUUUAAAUGACAUCUCUUCAUAAACCACUAAGCCAAUUUCAUCCAAACUUCACAGGAAUGUUCCUUUGGUGGUCACCUUUGAAAAUUGUUCAAAGAAUUCAAUUCCAUGCAGAACUCUGGUUGCCAUGGCAACCAAAAGAAAAAACUUUAAAUAUCUUCUUUUUAAAUAUCCAAAGAGCUAGAGCUUAGAUAUUUAGCAUGAAACAUCUUCUAGUGAGUGUCUACCAAGUUUGUUCAAAUAAAAGCCCUGGGGUCAAAAUUGGCCCCGCCCCAGGGGGUCAUUGAUUUUCCCUAUAUGCAUAUAGUAAAAACUUAAAAAUUCUUCUUUUAAAGAACCCAAAGAGCUAGAGCUAAGAUAUUUAGCAUGAAACAUCCUCUAAUGGGUGUCUACCAAGUUUGUUCAAAUAAAAGCCCUGGGGUCAAAAUUGGCCCCGCCCCAGGGGGUCAUUGAUUUUCCCUAUAUGCAUAUAGUAAAAACUUAAAAAUUCUUCUUUUAAAGAACCCAAAGAGCUAGAGCUAAGAUAUUUAGCAUGAAACAUCCUCUAAUGGGUGUCUACCAAGUUUGUUCAAAUUAAAGCCCUGGGGUCAAAAUUGGCCCCGCCCCAGGGUGUCAUUGAUUUUCCCUAUAUGCAUAUAGUAAAAACUUAA